AUGAAUGCGGAUGAUGCAAUUUGUCAACGGAAGCGGAUCAAAAUGGACGGAGGAAACAAGCUUGAAAUCUUUCGACAAGGCACUCCUGUGUGGCUGGAAAGUUUGACUUCAGAUGUUUAUGAAGAGGGAAUGAUAACUGGUGCAGCAGUUCGGCAAUCGCCGCUGCAAAUAAAACAAGAGGGCGAACACGUCUCCUCCGCUGUUUUCUACUCUGUACUCGCUGGCAAAACUGAGCAUCAUUAUGUAGAGUCAAAGCGGAUUGCGGAUCGCCGCGUGCCCCAAUACCAGGGCGCAGACAAGCAGGAAGCAAUAUCCACUAAGCAGCGCAGUCUAGUCACCAAGAAAGAUGAGCCACCAGCUGCUGGUGAUUCUUCGCCUCAGAAGUUCCUUGUCCAACCGAUGACAACGCCCUUGGAAUCUGAAUCACUGUGCGCCCUUAAAGAAGAUAAAGAGAACACUGAUUUCAUCCAAUCCAGUGACGAAACUAUCAGGUCUGAAGUUGAACAGGACGGUUUGUUUUCGCCCAUCCGCAGGGACAUUAAGACCGUUAGCGAACAAGGGGACCAAUGCGAGAAUGCGGAACCAGUUUCACCCCUCCGAAGGAAUUGUACAUUCGCGGACUUGUCCCAGCUCAAAGAGAGUUUUUUUACAUCUGACGAUCCAAACAUCAAGUACGGAGUGGAAUUGGACGAGGACACGUUUUUGACGGCCGAAGAAGUACACAAGAUUGUUCGUGAAAUACAGCGCUCUCAACGGCGAAAGCGAAAGGCCUCCGGUCUUGACAAGAAAGCUGUCGCAGGGUCAAAGAACGGUCAAAACAAGCAGAUUGGGACUACUGCGAAUCACACUUCAGCCCAUGCUAGAGCGAAAGAUCAUCCACUGAAAGAUCCAAAUGUUGGAGGCAAGACUCCUUGCAGCUCCCGCGUGCAAGUCGCAGACUGUCAAGAUUGCAGGCCUGGUAUCUUGAGGGCUCCACGGAACUUCAAGGACUCCCAUCAUCGGGCGCGGCAAGGCAAUAAAAAGGUUCGCUUUUGCCAACUACCCGAUAGGGGUGAAGCCCAACAGCCACGGCACACUGGAUCAAAAACGCCGAAGCUCGAUGAUCCAUCAUUGCGUCCGCCCAAAAGGUGUGGAACUGAACAGCCAAGAUGCAGUGGACCAAAGAGGUCAAGGUUUGAGGAGAAAUCUUGCGCACCAGAAAGGCCUAAAGCAGCCCAGGCACGAUACAUUGGACCAGAGAGGACAAACCUUGUUGCCGCUGAUGCCCCCCAACCAUGCAAGAGAAGAAACGUACCAGUUGGCAGCCACCACAAGCCAACAAAACAAAGAGGAAUUCAGUUUGUUUUGCCUGGAGAGUUUGGAAAGGACUUCUUGAUGCGGACAAUUUUGGGCGAGAAUGGCAUUAGGAAAAGAGAACUAUGCGAUGCAUUUGGCUGUACUAUGGAGUUCAAGGGCACCAUGAUUGAUGGUUCUCCAGCCAGCAAUUCCAGCGCACCAAGACUGUACAUCCAGGUUAAGGGAUGUAACGAAAGGAAACUCCUCAACUGCUGCUUGUCCAUUGAGCACUUGUUGGCAAUGGCGGUUCCCAAGUUCUUCCAAGGCUAUCUGCUCUAUACUCUGGCUGUCCUGAACAGAUUUCUUCAUGGCUAUCGCAGCAGGGGUGCCAAUGGGAUCGUUCAAAUCAAGAGCCUUGAUCAUUUUGCCAGUUCCAAUGGCAAUGGACCUGUGAGGUUUGUAGCUGCCAUUAGGGUCUUUGGUCCACCCAUCAAUGGCAAGCAUUGUGCCACAUUUAAGCAGCAAGUACAACGGGAGUACCCAUCCUGUUUCAUUCAACUGGUGGAGAGAGAUUCUUCACAUCGAGAAGUACUUCCCCAUAUUCUGCUGUCCAGCUCCAGUUAUAAUGAUGUUCUCAGCAUCCGUGCCAUAUGGGAGCAAUCGGGUCAGAGAUAG